UAAGCAGGCGUAAAGGUUGGGUUUCGAUCAUUGAUAGGCUUGUGUGGGGGCUCAAUUGAACCGUAACACCCCAGAAAGAGACGGGGCUACCAUUCAGUUUAAGUUAGUGGGUCCAAACGAGUUUUUAUGUUUGAAAAUCGUAUUAAGCUUUUGUUGGAAACUGUUACAGUCAGCAGGCGUAGUUGUGUGGUCAAACAGACUCGAACUAUUGGGUUCGAGAGGUGGGGCGUGCGAUUGGGCCCGGCGAUAUUGAGUUGCGAUUCGGUAUACCGCGGGCGGACGCGUGUCGUGCGCUUUUAAGCUCAUUUAAUACUUAUACGCUACAGUUGAGUAAAAGCUGCAACAAAUUAAUUGUUUUAACUAUAACAUUGCAAUAAAAAUAUAGUUGAAUUAAAUAGUGUUUGCAACAAUGCGUGUGUCUACAAACUAAAAUAAAAAACCAGUGUCAGUGUUAAAACUUUCGGAAACUUUUGUAAAAAAAAUGUCGUCAGUGCAUUCUGAUGAGGACCAGGAGGAGAUCAACGUGGACUCCGACAGCCGGCUGUCGGGCCACGACAGGAGUGUGUCAGAAGAUCGAGAUUCGGAGCACAGCUUCCACGACCGCUACCGGGAUUCCCCCAAUGACCACAUGACAGAUACGCAACCCAGGGUCAACCUGCCCUUCAGCAUAUCCAGACUGCUCGGCAAACACUUCGAAGAGAUCAGCGAGAAGCGAAGGAUCUCCGGCGAAAGCGACGACCGAAGUGAAGACACCGGCUCAGAAAGUGCGAAAGAAACUGACUCAAAAGACGCGUCAAAUCUGCCGUUGAACUUCUCGCAUUCGCAAGGACUGUAUCCUAACUCGGGGUUGUUCAGGCCCGGGUUUGGUGGUUACGGGUUCGGGGGUAACCCGGGGGUGGUUCGGGUGCCGGCUCACAGGGCUCUGGGGGCGCUGGGGGCGUGGGGGGUGGCUCUGGACCCCAUGAGGCAGGCGGCCGCCGCGGCGUUCGCUCACCAGGUCGUCAAGGAUAGACUGAACGCAUCAUUCCCCAUCACCCGUCGCAUCGGCCACCCGUACCAGAACCGAACUCCACCCAAACGCAAGAAGCCGCGGACUUCCUUCACUCGACUCCAGAUCGCAGAACUGGAGAAGCGCUUCCACAAGCAGAAGUACCUGGCGUCGGCCGAGCGCGCCUCGCUCGCCAAGACGCUCAAGAUGACCGACGCGCAGGUCAAGACCUGGUUCCAGAACCGACGCACCAAGUGGAGACGCCAAACGGCUGAGGAGCGGGAAGCGGAGCGACAAGCUGCCAACCGCCUGAUGCUGUCUCUCCAAGCCGAAGCCCUAAGCAAGGGCUACAUGCCCGAACCCCAGCCUACAGCCCAGCAGCUCUCAGCCCUACACUAUCAGCAGCAAAGCGCUACAGCGCCCCCAGGGAACACAGCGUUAAGCGCUUUACAAAAUCUACAGCCGUGGGCAGGAACGCCCGGUUUUUUAAACGCGCCGCCGACAACCGCCCCGCAACCGCACCCGCCGCCCGUCGCAUCUCCUAUAUGUUAGGGUGUAAGUGAUUUUAAGCAAUUUUUGUAUCGUGAUAAUCAAAGGUUGUCAAUAACUGUGGGAUAGAGUCAGAUUUUGUAAAACCACUUUAAAAAUGUGUAAAAAGUGAGCUGUUGUUAAUUUAA